UUUUACUUAUCUGCUAAUGCAAUUUUCAUUGCUUAAGGGCAUUCCAAAGCUGUAAUUAUGUUUUCAGAAGUGGGUAAACUGUCAGAAUCUUGGUAGUUGUUACAUUAGUACUAGGUAAUUUUUCAUUGUUAAGGUCUUUUGUAUGGUUAAUGCGAUCAAUCAUAAUUACUAUAUAGUGCUAGUAGAAUGAAUCAAUGAUUUAAUAUCUUGCAAUUAAGUCUUGUGACCCGAAAGUUUCCGUAUAUCACUUAAAAAGGGCAUGUUCUAGUUAAUGCAUAUUGAACCCCCAAGGAGUUGGUCCAAGUGAUUGUCAAAGUGUAUAAUAGCUUGUUGAAGAGUUUGAUGGGGUUACUUCAAAAAAUUUGCCACUAAAAAGAUGAUGGAAAUUGAACCGAACUGAGCCAAACCAAACAAUUCCCAGUGUAUACCGCUUGUAGAGCAUUGUGGGAGGCCAAAGUAAAUUGUGAAUGCCCCCUGACAGAAAUAAAUAACAUCCCAACUGUUGGUUCUAAAUUUAAUGCAUUUCUCUGUCUGACUCUGUAAUUUAUCAAGUGCUUCACAAGUUUCAAAUUUUAGGCCAGGUUACUACUUAGUAGACUGAUUGAUACUUGUAUUUUUGCUUUAUGAGCUGAAUUGAGGAACACACUAUAGGCCACAGUAUCAAUUAUAAUCCGUAAAGGGUAGGGUUGAAACUGUAAAAUUGUAGUGGGCCUUUGCGGUGAAAACUGUUGUUAUCAAUAAGGACUUUUGGAUAUUAGUGUUUUGUUGGGAUCAGUGGAAGAAUGAAUAUCUUUAACAAAAAAUCGUUUUAUAGCUCUGAGUUUACUUCUUUGUUUGGUUGCAUUUUGGCCUCUUCCAAAUCUCACAAUUCAAAGCCCUAAUUACCAUUGUAUAGGACUUACCAUCAUCGAUAGUAUUACAUGAUUUUACUAGUGCUCCGAGUAAACUGCAUCUCUUCAGCAAUAACUCAACAAUUCACAGAUGUUCUGGGUUUUUAAUUGCGCAAGACAUUGCAGUUGAGUUUAUCAGCUCUUUAUUUUUCUGUGGCUCUAUAUUGUAUUAAUUAGAGGUGGCCUCUCAGUUCGGACCAGUUGCCUAUUAUUGGGUCCGUUUGUUUACCUGUGUGUUCUGACACGUCUACUUACCAUUCUAUUACAAUACUUCAAGUUGUCUCAUACGUUUUUAUGAAUUCAGAUCUCAUUUCUAUUUUAGUCAGAGUUCCAUAGUUAAGAUAUAUUACUAGGAAAAAAGUAUAUAUAUAGUACUUCUAUAUAUCUCUUUUGCUUUUCUCAAGGUCAGAGAAAUACAAAUUCAGAAUAGAUAGAUGAGUAGCGAUGAAUCAGGCGAUAGCUCCACAUGGAGCAGGGAGCAGGAUGUAAAGUUUGAGAAUGCUUUGGCCACUUAUUCUGAAGAUUUAUCAGAUCGAUGGCAGAAAAUUGCAGCCGAUGUUCCCGGGAAAACAAUAGAAGAGGUGAGACACCACUAUGAGCUCCUUGUUGAAGAUGUUAAUCAGAUUGAAUCUGGCUGUGUGCCACUGCCUCGUUACAAUUCUUCUUCAAUUGGCUCAGUGGGCCAAUCUGGAAAUGAAGGAACAGGUAAGAAAGGUGGCAAUUUUGGGCACUUAAACAGCGACUCAAAUCACAAUGGUAAAGCUUCAAAGUCUGAACAGGAGCGUCGCAAAGGGAUUGCCUGGACAGAGGAAGAACACAGAUUAUUUCUUCUGGGUUUGGAGAAAUAUGGUAAAGGUGACUGGAGAAGUAUAUCCCGGAACUUUGUGGUAACAAGAACGCCUACACAAGUUGCGAGCCAUGCUCAGAAGUACUUUAUUCGUUUAAGCUCUAUUAACAAAGAUAGGAGACGAUCAAGCAUUCAUGAUAUUACUAAUGUGAAUAACGGUGAAGUGUCACCCCUAGCACCGAUCACUGGUCAAACAAAUGGUUCUUCUGCAGGAGGUUCGUCUGGAAAGCCAAGCAAACAAACUCCUCAAUCUCCAUUAGUUGCCUCUGGAGUUGGCAUGUAUGGUGGAACUACUAUAGGGCAGCCAGUAGGAGGAUCUCUCGUCUCAGGGAUGCCAGUAAAUCUUCCCCAGCCAGCACACAUGGCAUACGGUAUGAGGGCCCCAACAGGACAAGUAGUUGGUGCCCCAGUGAACAUGGGUACCAUGGCAUAUUCUAUGCCACAAACUUCCGCUCAGAGGUGAUUGAACUGUUCUAGACAGAAAAUGUACAGUCGAUAGACCAUACAGCUCGGUGCUAUUUUUGUGGUAAUUGGGUUUCUCUAAACUUGGGCAAAGUCAUAUGAUGCUUAUUUUCGAUACAGAUGUGUGUUUACCAUGUCUGAUCUUCAGUUGCAUCAAAUUUAGUUAGCCCUAGACUGCUAAACUGCAUGUUGAACUGCAGCCUGCUGGUAUUGUGACAUACAGCAUUUAGGGCAGUACUCUCAAUUCUAGUCUAUCAGUUCUAAAAACUCUGCAAUGGUCAUUUGUAGUUGUAUUGGUUGGCGAGAAAGCGUCAAUGAAAGGCGAACACCGUAAAAGUUACCAUUUCUACCCUUUUUCUUGCCUUGUC